AUGCAGAGACAGGAGGAGCAUAUAAAGAGUAUACAGGAUUUAAUGUCGCGACAGGCGACAACGGCAGUACCUGGGGGUCGUGAGGUACCUGUAUCUGAGGCGCCGGCGACCGUGCCUCCUGUUCCGCCGAUUGUUCCUCCAAUGGUUUCUGGGCCCUCUGAUUCUGAUGUGACUGCGACAGAGGCUGAGCGUGCGCGAUUUGUAAAGGUACUCGAGACAUUUAUGCGGUUUAAUCCGCCUAUGUUUGACGGGAAAGAAGCAGAUCCGUGGGUAUUGGAGACAUGGUUUACAGCGAUGGAGGCAUUGUUUGAGGACCUUUACACUUUGGAAAGGGACAAGGUUCCGUUGGCAGCGCACUGUUUUGAGAAGGAUGCUCAGAUUUGGUGGCAAAAGACCAAGAAGAAGCGGGCAUCAUAUCUACCACCGCUUACUUGGGAGGAGUUUCGAGAGAUGUUAUUUAUGGAGUACUUUCCCGACAGUGAUAAAAGGAAAAUGAAGGAAAACUUCCGCAAGCUGAGACAGGGGAACCGUUCGGUACGGGAGUACGAACGGGAAUUUACUCAUUUGGUGAACUGUGUGCCUGGUAUGGUUCAUACAGAUCGAGAUCGGGCGGAGUACUUCGAGCGCGGGUUGCGACCUGACAUAUUCAGGACAGUUAAUGCUCUGAAGUUGAAAACUUUUGAGGAAGUUUUAGAUCGAGCCCUUUGGAUUGAACGUGGAAAUGCGAUUGCGCGUGAUGAACGCGAAUCGUUUGAAAGAGAACGAGAAAGGGAAAAAGGGAAAAAGAGGACCACUAGUGGUGCCGGGGGACAGUCGAGCUCUAAACGGCCCCCUCGGUAUCCACGACCACAGCAGAGGUAUCAGGGACCGCAGAGAUGUGUGAUUUGCGGCGGGAAUCAUCGGGCGACGGCUUGUUCACAGCGGGAAGGUAAAUGUUUUAAGUGUGGACAGCCAGGACAUAUGAUUCGGGAUUGCCCGAGAGGAGCAUCAUCUGCACAGUCGACAGCUUCAGCCCAGUCACCCUCUAGACAGCGUUCUGGUUUACCGCCUGCUAUGUCAGCUGGACGUUCUUUUGUACCGCGUCAGUACGAGCCACCCCGACCUGCAUCGAGCACCCAUACGGAGACACCUCGAUCUGCACCGAGUGGACGUGUAUUUGCAGCUCAGGCAGAGGAUCCUGCCGUGGUCGACGAUGUCGUGGCAGGUAUUGUUUUGCUUUAUGGUAUUAGAUCUUGUGCAUUAUUUGACACUGGUGCAUCUCAUUCCUUCAUUAGUAGUUCAUUUGCUAGAACACAUGAUAUUGAGAUUUCGGAUAGACCAGAUGCUUGGUAG